AUUAAUAGAAAACUGUUGACACAAAUGCAUAAUAAACUACUAUUGAUCGCACAGGUAGUCUGUGUGUGUCUAUACGGCGUUGAAACAUUGGGACCGAGUUGUGGAGGUAAAAGUCUAACACACGGUCAUCAAAGCGAUUACUGGUUACACGCUAUCAAACACGAAGGUUGGGCACCGUUUCAUAGUAAUCCCGGUCAGUAUCGGGUGUUUCGUAAUGUUCGCGACUACGGAGCUAAAGGUGACGGAAACAGUGACGACUGGGAAGCCAUAAACCGGGCCAUCACUGAUGGCGGUCGGUGCGGACAUGGCUGCGGUUCGACUACAGUUUCGCCGGCAAUUGUAUACUUCCCUCCCGGCCAGUAUCUCGUCGGUAGACCACUGCAACAGUACUACUACACCGAAUUCAUUGGCGAUCCAUCAAACUUGCCUACUAUUAUAAUGUCGCCAUCAAAUAAUGGUCCGCUAAUUGACGCAUCGGGAUGGGAGCCUACGUGCAACUUUUUUAGGGCAGUCCGCAACUUACGUCUGGACCUGACCCGCGUGGACGCGUACAAACAUGCCGUGGCUAUUAACUGGCCAAUUGCCCAGGCCACCAGUAUUACCAAUGUUCAUAUCAGGAUGAGCACAGUGGCCGGCAAUAAUCACGUGGGACUAGUGAUUACGUCGGGAUCGGGCGGCUAUUUCGGUGAUAUGACUAUCGACGGCGGCCGUAAUGGCAUGGAAUUGGGUAAUCAACAAAUUACGUCCAGAAACAUUUCGAUUAGCCAUGCUAAUACGGCUAUUGUCUAUAGUUGGACCUGGGGGUGGACACUUAAAAAUAUUCGUAUCGACUCUUGCAACAAUGGUAUUGAUAUGAGUUCCGGAGGCGAGAACUGGCAAAAAGUGGGCGCAAUUAUGUUAGUGGACAGUGAAAUAUCGAACACCGCUUACGGCAUACGAUCGGCCAGUACUCAAUGGGCCAAACCUGCGGGCGGCGGUGCACUGAUCAUCGACAAUGUCAAACUAACCAAUGUACAACAUGCUGUGGCUCAUUCAAAUGGACAGGUAGUGCUAGAGGGCGGUAACAAAGUGAUUAGCCAAUGGGGACAGGGUCGAUUUUACAGUGGCCAGGGAGAAAAUGGUCAAUACAAACAGGGAGAGUUGACACCACCAACUAAACCACAAGCACUUUUAGACAGCACCGGACGAUUUUUCGAAAAGUCGAGACCACUGUAUGACGACAUUGCGGCCGCCGAUUUUGUAAGCGUCAAGUCGGAGGGCGCUAAAGGUGACGGUCGUACCGAUGAUACUCAAGCCAUACAACAGGCGCUGAACAAAUGGGCCGGUUGUCGGGUUAUAUAUUUUCCAUUUGGAGAAUAUGUUAUCACCGAUACUAUUGUAGUUCCACCAGACACUCGAGUGAUCGGCGAAGUGUGGUCAGUCAUAUUAGCCCGGGGAGAUAAGUUUGCUGAUAUGAAUAAUCCGCGUCCUGCUAUUAAAGUCGGUAAUCCGGGCGAUACGGGUGUUGCUGAGUUUAGCAGUCUAGUCAUCGGUACACAGGGUGCAGCUCCCGGUGCCAUAUUGAUGCAAGUUAACAUGCGUGAUCCUCAAGGUGAACAGGGUGCUGUAGGCAUAUGGGACGUUCACUUUCGAGUGGGUGGUACUGUUGGAACCGAUCUGGAGGGUAAUUGCAAUCGUGGCGGUGGUAUUCAUAGUGGUUGUACCGGAUCUUUCUUAUUGUUACACGUGGCCGCUACCGGUAGUCUAUACGUUGAAAACAUGUGGGCCUGGCUUGCAGACCAUGAUCUUGACGGACGCGGGGGUCAGGUCAGCAUUGGCAACGGUAGAGGUGUAUUGAUCGAGUCCAGUGAAGGACCGGUAUGGAUUUAUGGACCGGGAUCUGAACAUAACAUAUUGUAUCAAUUUAAUAUUGUUAAUGCUAAAAAUGUAUGGAUGGGUUUGAUCCAAACAGAAACACCCUAUUAUCAGGGCAAUCCACCGGCACCCCAACCAUUUCAUAGCGAUUCCAGAUAUCAUGACCCAGAUUUUGGCCACUGUGGCGAUAGUCAUACCUGUGCUAUGGCCUGGGGUUUGCGUAUAGUAUCAUCGGAAAACAUAUUCAUAUACGGCGCCGGUUUAUACAACUUUUUCCAAGACUACGGCCAGUGUUGGGGUGAAGAGCACUGUCAGGACAAUAUGGUAUCGAUAGAGAAAUCUAAUAAAAAUGUACACAUCUAUGGUUUGAGUACCAAAAAUGCCAACUAUAUGGUGGCCAUUGAUGGCCAGUCCCGUAUCGGUCACAAAGAAAAUAAAGCAGACUUUUGUUCUACAAUUGCCGCCUAUUCGAGCAAUUAAAUUAUAAAUAUAAUUA